UCUUCACAGCCCUCUGAAGUUGACCUGAGAUCUGAAAAAGGCGCAAAAUGGUGGUCUCAUUUCCGGCUCUCCUGCGACCCUUCCGACUCUGUCGAUGGGACCCGACACCCUGGGCGCGGUUGGCAGGGCCUACAAAGCUCAGGACCGGUGACCCAAACUCUUGGGCCCCUGCCAGGAUGGCGGUGACAGUGACGCUGGAGCCCGCGGGCCGCUGCCGCUGGGACGAGCCGGUGCGCAUCGCCGUGCGCGGCCUGGCCCCGGGACAACCGGUCACGCUGCGCGCGUCCCUGCGCGACGAGAAGGACGAGCUCUUCCGAGCCCACGCGCGCUACUGCGCCGACGCCCACGGCCAGCUGGACCUCGAGCGCGCGCCCGCGCUGGGCGGCAGCUUCACGGGCCUCGAGCCCAUGGGGCUCCUCUGGGCUUUAGAGCCCGAGAAGCCCUUGCUGCGGCUGGUGAAGCGGGACGUACAGACGCCCUUCGCCGUGGAGCUGGAGGUGCUCGAUGGCCACGACCCGGAGGCCGGAGGGCUCCUGGGCCGGGCGGUGAACGAGCGCGACUUCCUGGCGCCGGGGGUGCGGCGCGAGCCCGUGCGCGUGGGCCGGGUGCGCGCCACGCUCUUCCUGCCGCCAGGCACAGGACCAUUCCCUGGAAUCCUCGAUCUUUUUGGAAGUGGUGGUGGCCUUUGUGAAUACAGGGCCAGCCUCCUGGCUGGACAUGGUUUUGCUGUGCUCGCUCUGGCUUAUUUCAGAUUUGAAGACCUCCCUAAAUAUUUGAAUAACGUGUGCCUGGAGUACUUUGAAGAAGCUGUGGACUUCAUGCUGCAACAUCCAAAGGUGAAAGGCCCUAGUGUUGGGCUUCUUGGCUUCUCCAAAGGAGGUGACCUGUGUCUCUCAAUGGCCUCUUUCUUGAAGGGCAUCACAGCUACUGCAGUUAUUAAUGCCUGUGUGGCCAACACAAUAGCUCCUCUGCAUUACAAGGAUAUGAUUAUUCCUAAUCUCAGCAGUGACCCAGGAAAAUAUAAAAUCACUGAGUCAGGCGUUUUGAAUUUGGAGGAUAUUUGGAAUGACCCACUGGAGAAACCCAACCACCGAAGUCUUAUUCCAUUGGAAAAGGCCCAGGGACCCUUCCUGUUUAUCGUUGGCAUGGAUGAUCAUAACUGGAAGAGUGAAUUCUAUGCCCAGAUAGCCUCUGAACGGUUACAAGCCCAUGGGAAAGACAGACCCCAGAUAAUCUACUACCCAGGAACUGGCCAUUGUAUUGAUCCGCCUUAUUUUCCUCUUUGUAGAGCCUCUGUGCAUGCAGUUUUGGACCAACCAGUAUUCUAUGGAGGUGAGCCAAAGGCUCACUCAAGGGCACAGGUAGAUGCCUGGCAGCAAAUCCAAACUUUCUUCCAUAAACACCUCAAUGUCAGUAAUUUUUCCUUGAUGCUUAGUGGCUCAAAGAAGUUGAAGCCUAAAAGAAACUUAGUUGGAGACACUUAAAAACAACAACAGCAACAAAAAACAAAUCAAGGGCUUCCCUGGUGGCGCAGUGGUUGAGAAUCUGCCUGCCAAUGCAGGGGACACGGGUUCGAGCCCUGGUCUGGGAAGAUCCCACACGCCGCGGAGCAACUGGGCCCGUGAGCCACAGCUACUGAGCCUGCGUGUCUGGAGCUUGUGCUCCGCAACAGAGGCCGCGACAGUGAGAUGCCCGCGCACCGCGAUGAAGAGUGGCCCCCACUCGCCGCAACUAAAGAAAGCCCACGCACAGAAAUAAAGACCCAACACAGCCAAAAAAAAAAAAAAAGUUGGAUCAUAUAUUCAAAAACAAAAAAUCAUAAAAUAUAACCAAAUUCAGCCCAUUGUUCUGCUUUUGUUUGUACGCCUAAUGCCCUUGAAUGUACUUCCAUCAGGAUGAGAAAGGCCAAUGAACCAUUUUGAAAGCAAAUAUUGAUACAUGUUUUCGUCAACCACUGAUCCUUUAAGAAAUAUUUGUAUAAACCUGUUACAAUUCUCAGCAAACUGAAAACCACAAACACUUCUUAAUUCUUUCAGAGUAUCAUGGUUAAGCUAUUGUGUACAUUCAUUUUAAAUGGUCUUUGCACACUGGAAACAUAAAAGCUUGUGGGAAGCAUUCUGUUUUUUCAGGUGGUACAUGCAGAGAUGCACAACAUCCAAUAUUUAUGGCCACUAUAAUGAUGGAUGUGGGCGGCAGAAGUCAAAAUUCUUUGAGUUAGGGACUUCCCUGGUGGCGCAGUGGUUAAGAAUCCGCCUGCCAGUGCAGGAGACACAGGUUCAAGCCCUGGUCCGGGAAGAUCCCACAUGCCACGGAGCAACUAAGCCCGUGAGCCACAACUACUGAGCCCACAUGCUGCAACUACUGAAGCCCGCGUGCCUAGAGCCUGUGUUCCGCAACAAGAGAAGCCACUGCGAUGAGAAGCCCACACACCGCAACGAAGAGUAGCCCCGGCUCGCCGCAACUAGAGAAAGUGCUCGUGAACAACGAAGACCCAACGCAGCCAUAAAUAAAUAAAUUUAUUUUUUUAAAAAAAU